AGCCUUCAAAACCCUCCUCCACACCCAAAAACCAAAACCAAAACCCUUCUCAUUUCUCUUCGCUCCUCAAUUUUCAACUGCAGAAUUCUUCACACAGAGAAGAAGAGACUAGCACUUGGCCUUCCAAUUUCUUCAAGGUGGGAAUUCGAUAAUUGGGUGAAAGAUGAAUGAUCUAAUGACCAAGUCGUUCCUCAGUUACGUUGAUCUUAAGAAACAGGCCAUGAAAGACAUUGAAGCAGAACCUGACUUGGAAAUGGGGAAACUUGAGCCUGCUGAAGAACAGAAUCUUGCGAAAUUUUUUGAAGAAGUGACGGCAAUCAAGGCUGACAUGGAAGAGAUUACGAACCUGCUUCUUGAUCUUCAGGACCUGAAUGAAGAAACCAAGUCCACUCACAGUGCUAAAGUUCUCAGGGGGCUGAGAGACCGAAUCAAUGCAGACAUGGUUAGUAUUAUGAGGAAAGCUAAGAACAUUAAAGCAAGAUUGGAAUCGCUUGAUCAGUCUAAUAUUGCUAACCGAGAGGUGGCUGGGUACAAGGAAGGAAGUCCUGUUGAUCGAAUGAGGAUUUCUGUGACUGGUGGACUGAGAGUCAAGCUGAGAGAUAUGAUGAAUGAUUUUCUGGCAUUGAGAGAACAGAUUGUUAAGGAGCACAAAGACGGUCUCAAGAGAAGGUACUAUAAUGCCACCGGAGAGGAAGCAACUGAAGAAGUGAUUGAAAAGAUUUUGAGAAGUGGGGAGGUCAAAGUUUUUGAAGGGAAAACAGAGCUGGUGAUGGAGAAUCAGGAAAGAGAUGAGGCCUUGAAGGACUUAAAGAGAAGCUUGACAGAACUGCAUCAAGUUUUCCUGGACAUGGCGGUGUUGGUUGAAGCACAAGGUGAACAGAUUAACGAUAUCGAAAAGAAUGUGGCGGAUGCUGGGAUUUACAUAAGUGGUGGAAACAAGGAACUUCUUCAUGCAAAGCAGUUGAAAAAGAAAAGAGGAAAGUGGGUUUGUUGGAUUAUGGCUUUCGUGCUGGUGGUGUUAUUUGUGUGCUUUAUUUCCAUCAUAGCUUCUUGAAAGUUGCAGAUGAAAGGGUGCUCUAGUGGAGUUUUGGUAUGUGAAUAGGGUGGACUAGCAGAGGAAAGGGUGCUCUAGCGGAGUUUUGGUGUGAAUAGGGUGGACUAUACUGGUUGAUGGGUAUUCAUUUUAUCAUUGUUUUGUUUGCAUUUCAAUAUUGAAUGCAAUGCUGUGAUGGCUUUUUUAGGCAGAGCAAUAUGUUAGAGAAUAUCGCUACAUCUUUCGACAUAAAGUUUUCUUCUGUAAUUUGGAUCUUUGUGAACAGAUACGCUCAUUUUAUCUUUGUUAUUGAAUGCGAUGCUGUGAUGGCUUUUUUAGGCA